AUGCCAAUCAGCCUCCUCCGCAAGCAGCCGUCCCGGCGCAAGCCCGACGCACCCGUACCCACCCUCGCCGCUCUGUCCUUCCCCGAAACCAGACCCCUCAUCGACGCCGACUGGGCCUCCCACUCCAACGGGCCAUUCAACCCUUCUGGAAAGCCGCCCACCUCUUACCGCCACAGCCACCACUAUACGCCGCAGUACAACAAUGUCUCGCAGGCCAUCCCCGUUCCUGGCGGUGGGAUGGGACGCUCAAGGGCAGCCUCACAGGUCCGUGACCCGACUGGCGCCAGUCCCGACUUCCACCGCCCCUUUACGCCGAGCCAUAUCGUGCCAGUCCCACCUUUGCCGGAUGGUAUAUCGCGGGCAGGGACUAUGCGGCGGGCGCGCCAGCGCCGGGCGGCGGGACUGACUGUGAUCGUAGCGGGUCCUAUUGGGUCGGGCAAGACUUGCCUCAUUGACGCGCUGACAGGCGUGCUGAACCCGCAGGCUGCGCGCCCGGCCGUAUGCAUGGGUCCUACAACCAGCAUGGUGCGGCACGACAUCAAUGUCGCGGACGAGCGGCGGGGCAUCGUCCUUUUCGACACGCCUGGUCUGCCUCUCCCCGACGAGAUGCGGAACACGCGGUCCCGCGCCCUCCGCGCCCUGAAUACCAUGGUCGAGGACCGGCUGAGCAGAGUCCUGUCCGAGGAGAGCAAGGUUGUGCGCCGUAAGAGUGACGGUGGGGAGCUUGUGCAUCUGAUCAUCUACGUCAUGGACGCGCGCACGAUCCUGUGUCCCGUGUCGCCAGUCGAGAUUGACUGGGACACUGUUAUGGAGCCGCCAGCCAACAAGAACCCCCCGACGCGUCCCGAGAGCAUGCUGGAGCCUGAGACGCCAGGCGUCGCUGCCAAGCUUUGUGCAGAUGAUAUUGAAGCGAUGCGCCAGUUCUCGGUCCGCGCCAACGUCCUGCCCCUCCUCACGCACGCCGACGCGCUCACGUCCACCGAGCUCGAUGCUGUCCGUGCGGCCGUGCGCCGCGACCUCGCGGCCGUGUUUGGGCGUGACCCUCUUGGACCUUACGGUUUUCUUUCCGCUGGAGAGUGCGAAGACGACUCGGGCGAUAAAGCAAGAGACCCCGAGCCCGACACCGACUUGCCGUAUGUUGUGUUCGCUCCCGAACCUGGGCCUAACUUUACGCGCGCGUUUCGGUGGGGCCGCGCAGACGCGGCCGACCCUGCACACUCGGACCUGCCGGCUGUGCGGGACGCGAUUGUCGAGGCGACCGACUGGCUGCGCCAGACGACGCGCGAGGUCGUGUACGAGCGGUUCCGGACUGAGCGGCUGUUGAACGCGCGGGGCGUGCGGACCAAGGCCUAA